CCCUGAACAGUCACACAAGCCUUGCCUCACAUACACGCGCUUCGUUUCUCGAAUUAGCACCUAAAGAUAACAAACAUGGCCGCCGCUGCCCCAGAGACCUUCGGCUUCGCCGCCGACACCACGGCCCUUUUGGAUCUGGUGUGCAACACACUGUACCAGACCAAGGAGAUUUUCUUGAGAGAAGCCAUCUCCAACGCAUCUGACGCUUUGGAUAAGGUUCGAUAUGCUUCAUUGACCGACCCCAGCGUGCUCGACAGCGAGAAGGAGCUGUACAUUCGCAUUACUCCACACAAAGAGGCUGGCAUGCUCGCUCUCCGCGACACUGGUAUCGGAAUGACAAAGGCAGACCUUGUCAACAACCUUGGAACGAUUGCCAAGUCUGGAACAAAGGCAUUCAUGGAGGCUUUGUCUUCUGGUGCGGACAUUAGCAUGAUUGGACAAUUUGGUGUCGGCUUCUACAGCGCCUACUUGGUGGCAGACACCAUGCAGGUCAUUACAAAACACAAUGACGACGAGCAGUACAUCUGGGAGUCAUCCGCUGGAGGUACAUUCACCAUCAGACCCGACACAGAAAACCCUUCCCUUGGCCGCGGCACUGAAAUCAGGCUUUUCCUCAAGGAGGACCAGAAGGAGUAUCUCGAAGAGAAAAGAAUCAAGGAUGUGAUCAAGAAGCACUCCGAGUUCAUUUCUUACCCAAUUCAGCUCGCUGUGACCAAGGAGGUUGAGGAGGAAGUUGAGGAGGAGGAGGGAGACGACGGUGAACAAAAGACGAAGAUUGAAGAAGUUGAUGACGAGGAUGCCAAGAAGAAGGAGAAGAAGAAGGUCAAGAAGCAACAGACAACCAACGAAGAGCUCAACAAGACCAAGCCCAUCUGGACUCGCGACCACCAGACGAUCACUCCUGAGGAGUACGGAGCGUUCUACAAGUCGAUGUCGAACGACUGGGAGGACCAUCUCGCUGUCAAGCACUUUAGCGUCGAGGGUCAGCUCGAGUUCAAGGCAUUGCUGUACGUUCCCAAGCGCGCUCCUUUCGAUCUUUUCGAGACAAAGAAGAAGCGCAACAACAUCAAGCUCUACGUCCGCCGUGUUUUCAUCAUGGACGACUGUGAGGACCUCAUUCCCGAGUAUCUCAACUUCGUCAAGGGCAUCGUCGACUCCGAGGACCUGCCCCUCAACAUUUCUCGUGAGACCUUGCAGCAGAACAAGAUCCUCAAGGUCAUUCGCAAGAACAUUGUCAAAAAGACUCUCGAGAUGUUCAGCGAAAUUGCCGAGGACAAAGACAACUUCAACAAGUUCUGGGAGGCCUUUGGCAAGAACAUCAAGCUCGGUAUCCACGAGGAUGCUGCCAACCGCAGCAAGCUCGCCGAAUUCCUGCGCUUCCACUCUACCAAGAGUGGCGACGAGCUCACCAGCCUGAAGGAGUAUAUCACUCGCAUGCCAGAAAUCCAGAAGAACAUCUACUACUUGACCGGCGAGUCUCUGGCCGCCGUCAAGGACUCUCCCUUCAUCGAGGUCCUCAAGAAGAAAGGCUUCGAAGUUCUGCUCAUGGUAGACCCCAUCGACGAGUACGCCGUCACCCAACUCAAGGAGUUCGACGGCAAGAAGAUGGUUUGCGUCUCCAAGGAAGGUCUCGAGCUCGAGGAGACCGACGAGGAGAAAGCUGCUCGUGAGGAGGAGGCCAAGGGCGUUUCCGACCUCUGCACUGCCAUCAAGGAGAUUCUCGGCGACUCUGUCGAGAAGGUCACUCCUUCCAACCGUGUGGUCGGAUCCCCCUGCGUCAUUGUCACCGGUGCAUUCGGCUGGUCAUCCAACAUGGAGCGUAUCAUGAAAUCUCAAGCCCUCCGUGAUUCUUCCAUGUCAGGCUACAUGGCCAGCAAGAAGACCUUGGAGAUCAACCCCAAGAAUGCCAUCAUCAAGGAGUUGAAGAGCAAGGUUGCUCAAGACAAGAACGACUCUACCGUACGCGAUCUCGUCUGGCUAUUGUACGAUGUGGCUCUCCUCUCUUCCGGAUUCAGCCUGGGCGACCCAGCAUCUUUCGCCACUCGUCUUCACUCCCUCAUCGCUCUCGGUCUUUCGAUUGAAGAGGCCCCAGAAGAGGAGUCCGCUCCCGCCGUCGAGGAGAAGGCUGGCGAUGCAAACGCCGCUUCUGAGCUCGAAGCUCUGGACUAAAUGGGCUGAUGUGCAUCAAUAGAAUUCCGCGCCCGCGUUUCCUCGGCCCUUACGUGCUCACUGACACACCUGGCAAGCGCGCAGGUCUGCCUUCCGUUACGACUAUGACAUCAAAAUGAGAUGCACCUUUGUCAUCCUUCUUGUGGUCUGACGUGUGCGAUAAUGACGCAAUGGCGUGUCUGUGGCGUGUUGGUUAUCGUGGCAUGUCUUCCUAGAAUGUCGUCAGACGGGUACUAUAGUUACGCAGUGUCAAGGUCGACGUGUCACUUCUCGGCUCGCGAAGUGCUCGCGCCAAGAGUGAGAGUGCACCACGAUACGUGG